GAGCUCCCAGUAACACUAAGGGGCUGCUGGUCCAUCAAACCGUUCCUUCAUGGACUGAGGACAGAACAAUAGGACAAAGCCUAGUACUCUCUCACAUAAUAACGACUGACUCUUCAGAUAAUUCCACUAUUUCGUACAAGGUCGUUGAAACAGUGUUUUGAGUGAAUUUGCGGUGAUUAAAAAAAUAAAAUAAAAAACCCAGCAAUUAUAAUAAUCCUUAUACUGUCAGUUAUUUGACUUUCUCUCAGUUAUUUAGCAUUUCCAGAGAAAUAAACUUUUAGAAAAAGUCAGCGAUGGACAGGAACAAAUUCUUGUUAAUGAGUGUUUUGCUAUUUUCAGGCAUGGUGAGCGUUAGAUCAACGUCGUGGGAUGCGGGAGCAUCCAGGAAUGCACAGACUUGUGGUGGGACAAAACCUCCAAACGCUCCGACUGCAUGUCCGAUGACGUCAGCAAGGACCCGUUCACUUGGAGUGCAGACAAGAUUGGGCAGUGCCACUACUGCUGCCAGACGACUGACGCCAUGUUGGCAAGGGGGGAGUGGUGUAAUCACAGUCCACGGUACACCAAGCCGCUUAAUCUGGUCAACAUGACGGCAUAUCUUGUUCUGCACCAAAACCAACCAUCGACCACUGCUGCAACCUCUCCGACGCCAUCCCUGUCAUCAACAACAUCUUCCCCAAUGCUGUCUUCCUCUUCCUCUUCAUCUUCUACUUCAUCGUCGGUCUCCUCCUCCUCCACUCCCCCUUCCUCUAUGCGCAAGUGAGAUGGACUGCGUCAACUCUUGGCAGAUGACCAGCCAGGUGACAGAGUGUCAAGGAGACCUGGUCAACACGGCUCUCAUUGGUCAGUCGUGUGGGUUCUGCUGCAAUAGUUCCGACAUCAGCGGCAUCCCAUGCAACGCUAGAACGGUACCGCACCACACUCUGUCCUUUGUCCACGCCCCUGACCCUACGUCCAGCAUCGCCCCCGCCACUUUCGCCGCCACUACUGCACCGCCCUCUCCCCUCACAUCCUCAACUGUGAGGACCGUUUCGUCGACUGUCAGGAGUAGUACUGUUCAACCACCAUCAGCGUCAUCAUCCCCUCCUCCACCGCCACCACCACCACCGUCAUCAUCAUCAUCAUCAUCCCCCUCGCCAGUGUGUCCAGUGCGGGAAUGACGCAAGCAGUACGCCGUGUGGCACUAUCGAGCUGAUCCUGAACAAAGCGACUUCAUGUGGUCAAGGACUCGACUACUGUCUCAACACCAUUGUGCAGACGGGGACCAAGAGGGCAGUCUACAAAAAAUGCGUGGACCUGAGCGAGUGCAAGGAGAAGUGGUUCAAGCAGAGCUCUGACAAAAGUACGUGCGUGAACUAUGACCCCUACCAGGUAGCAGACGACCACUUCACCUGCCACUAUUGCUGCGUCACGGACGACUGUAACCAACAAUACAAGCCGGACGAUUCCACUCUCUGGCACUGAGGGAGGACACGCGAGGUCAAGGGCGUGGGCAUUUCGAGGUCAAAGGUUCAAGGCCAACGGCCCCCCAAAAAAAGAAGAAUGCCAUGGCCAGCGCUCUCCUCGUGACAAAUUAUGUCAAUCCCGCAAGAGGGGUGUGGGAGGAAGGGGUGGGUGGGGGGGGAUGGGC